AUGGCUCAACCCUUCGAUGCCUGCAUUAUUGCUGAAUACGAUGUGUGCAAUGCCAUAGCAAAUGUGAAUCAUCAUUUUGCAAAGGCUGAUGAGUCCGGAGGAGAUGAGGUGCAGAAGGCGUGGAUCGGUGAGCUGUCCCACCUAGUGGUCCUCACCGCCUUCGGGGAGUCAGAUUUUGAUCCGAGGGAGGUCAACAAGAUAUGCACGACCUUCGUCGACGUCGUCUUGUAUGCGCGCAUGCAAUCAUUCACCAGUCUGCAUCUUCUGGACCCAUCCCAAGAGGAGGCCGAUGCUGUGAUGACCCGGCUGGCACUGGGCCAGGACUUCUUCGCUGCGCUCAAAUGUCGUGCGGCCCAGCCUGCAUUGAUUCACGAUCCCGGAUGCGAGGCAUGCCAGGAAACUGAGGCGACUGCUCUCCUCAACAAGCUUCGUGGCACUCCCGCCCCUGCUGGUGGUGCUGAUGACCUCACCGUUCAUGUCAAUGGCUUCGAGACUGUGCUCUAUUUCAUCCGAGAAAGGCAGGGUCGGGUCGCCACGGAUGUUAUCACUGUCGCGAAUGCGCUGCAUCAGGCUGGAGUGACGAUCCUGGCUUUGGGUGUGGAGGAACACGACUCCAAUGUGGAUAGUGUGCCCGGGGGUGAAGCUGAAGAUGAUGACGGGGACGCGAAGGGAUCGGAAGUCCCCCUCACUCUGGAUGGACGCGCUGAUAUCCGGGACGUGUUGGCAGCAUACGACUCCCUCAUGGCACCCGCGCCGGCCUCAUCAACCUCGAAGAAACAGGGAAAGGCGAAGAACUGCCCACGACUGCCCCUCCCAUCUGGUGCCAAGGUUCCGACUUUGGGCAUGCACAGUAAGCCCACAAUCAUGUCACCCAUUCCUCAACCUGCCCUUAUGGGGUCCACUCCAUGCACCGUACUGCCUACAUUGAACCUCGAGAUGGGCAGUGCUCAUCUGAUCGAUCGCGCAUCUGGCAUUCAGUACAUGCCUGACAUCGCUACAAUCACUGGUGGGCCGUCCUUGCAGAGUCGCCAACCAUCUCCACUACCGAUCGGAUCGAUCGCGGGAGAUGAGUGUCCGGUGAAGCGUCGUGCUGCCUCCCCACAGCUGGAUCCCAUGGUGAUCGAUGACCUGCUGACAAUUCACACCGCGGCGUCGGCCAUGCCUCCCCCACCACUUCAGAUGAGUGCACCCUCACACUCCCAAGCUGUCACUGCAGGUUUGAUGGAUGAGCCGUAUGCCCGCCCCUCUCCUUGUGUCACGGCUGCACUUCCCAGGCGCUCAUCCGAUCAUUCCCUUAGUCGACAGGCUUCCGCGCGGUCCCUUCACAUCGCGUCAUCCCCAAUUGAGCGCAGUGGGUCCCAAGGUAGCUAUGGCAGUCUGAUGCUCCCAGCCAUAUCUCUUGAUGAUUCGCCCUGCCCUCCAGCUUUUCACUCUCACUUUGCCGACAUUCUCCCCACGAGCUUCCAGUCCAUGCAACCGGGCGAGCAGAUCGCGAUGCUGGAAGUGGCACUCCAUCGCAGCUGGCAGUGCACGUGUGCACUUGAGGACAGCCAGCAUGUUAUGCGCUCCCAGCUGGAUGCCAUCAUGGGUGCCCUCGGGGGCAAUCCCAUCGCGUUCGCCACCCAGUUUGGGGUGUAUGCCACUCGUGUCAAUGCGAUCCUGUCUAAGCAGCGCGAGCUGAGCCAGAGUUUGGCCGAGUUGGAGGAACGUGUCAGCGGGCUGGAGGGUUCAGAUGCAGAGUUCCCCUCGGAGAAGGAAGAUGAGGUCAUCCAUAGCAUCUCCACAGGUGCCUUCGACCCCAGUAUGGAUUCACGUAGCGGUGGGGACGAAGGGCUCAAUUUUGACGAGGAGAAUUAG